CAAGGCUGUGCCACCCCCCUCCCCCCAACCAGGGACGGAUAUGAGCCUGGGCCCCCGUGGGGCGGAGGAAGAGGAGCCGGCCUUCAUCCGAGAUAUGAUUCUCAAAAGCCCCGACCAGCUUGCGCUGCUGAAGCACAACAACCCACAGCUGGCCGAUGCCCUGCUGUCAGGCGACCUGGACCUGUUCACACGAGUGCUUCGGGAGCAGCAGAAAGAGAAAUCGGACAGGGACAGGCAGCGCAUUCGUAUGAUGAAUGCCGACCCAUUUGACCCUGAAACACAGCGGCUCAUUGCAGAAGAAAUCAGGCAGCAGAACAUAGAUUCCAACAUGGAGGCCGCCAUGGAGUAUCACCCCGAGAGCUUUGGCCAAGUGGUGAUGCUGUAUAUCAAUUGCCGAGUCAAUGGUCACCCUGUCAAGGCCUUCAUUGACUCAGGUGCGCAAACGACGAUCAUGAGCCAGGCCUGUGCCGAGCGGUGUGCCAUCAUGCGACUUGUGGACCCCAGGUGGGCAGGCGUGGCCAAAGGAGUGGGCACUCAACGCAUCAUUGGUCGCAUUCACCUUGUACAGAUCGAGAUUGAAGGCGUGUUCCUGACAUCAUCCUUCUCGGUGCUGGAGGAGCAGCCCAUGGACAUGCUGCUCGGUCUCGACAUGCUCAAAAGGCACCAGUGCCUGAUUGACCUGAAGCGCAAUGUGCUGGUGAUGGGCACCACGGGGACCGAGACGCCCUUCCUGGGGGAAGGGGAGCUUCCCGAGUGUGCGCGGCUGCAAAUGCUGGGUGCCUCGCAGAGCGGCUCGACCCUGGGCAGCGAGGCGUCUUCGAGGGCCGGUGAGGAGUUUCCAGCCGACACGGUUGACCGGCUGGUUGCCAUGGGCUUUGAGAGGGCCAAGGUGGUCGCUGCCCUGAGGCAGGCCAGUGGGAAUAGUGACCAGGCCUUGGCAGCACUGCUGGCACAAAGCCUGCAGGGACCAUAGAUUGGCCACUCCCCGAGUGACUCCCUGUGCGGACAGUUGGUCUCUGGCAGUGAUACAACCAGAGCCUUGCCGCGGUGAUGCUCGAUUCUUAUUGCAGAAGUGGAGUGUGCAGAAGCCUUUCCUUAUGCGUGCAAGAAACUAAUGGAGUAAGAUUUGGGUGAAUUCCCAAGUGCCACCCUGGCAUAAUUGUUGCCAGUGGUCUUUGACAUGUAGCCAUCUUCACGAGGCUACGUGAUGGCUGUUAUACCGAUCAUUUGUGCAAGUGAUGGUGCAUACCGUUGCUCCUAAGCUCACCAGACACUCCAAGUCACUUGCUUUUGUGAUCCCCCCCCCCUUUUUUUUUGUUUGAGACACAGCGGUGUUUGUAUGUGUGUGGCCAAACGUGUUGGCACUGACAUCACCUGGCUAGCCACCAACAUUCCACGGCUUUGUUGUUAGUGCAGUGGGUGCUUUGGUAGCAGCUCCUUUCCAGACCAAGCCUGCUCAAAAGUGAGUGUCGGCAGAUCCCUUUAUUUGGCACCAUUACAGAAGUGGGUGCUGGCCUAUUUUUUUACCUUGACUGACACGCAGUUACUGCUGCUAGCCUGUGGUCCCAUAUUUGAUGCGGAAAAUACGUUGCUGCAGGCAAGCGAAGCCAUAUUAUGAAACUCAAUAAAAGUUUUUUGUGGUCUGUG